GGAGGAGGCUCAGUCGGAUCCUAAAGUCUCUGCAACGUGUCCUGAGCUCUCUCUCCUGUGUCUAACAACUCCCUGCAGUAACUCCCAGUGUCUCCCAGUCUCAUCAGACCCCCCCACCCAGUACAGUCAGGAGAUCAGCACCCCCACCCUAAGCUGCACAUGGAGAACGGAAAAAACGGCGUCCAGAACGGGAACGGCUGCAGCAAUGGGGACCCGGGGGUCACCUCUGACUCAUUUAAGGCCUCGGACAUCAUCAUAGACUUGGCCUCGUCUUCCAAACCAAAACCCGACCCGAACAGCUUGGUCUUCGGAGCCGAGUUCACGGAUCACAUGCUCUGCAUCGAUUGGUCGAAGGAGACGGGGUGGCAGCACCCGGUUAUUAAGCCGUUCCAGAACCUCUCCCUGCACCCCGCAGUCUCAGCGCUACACUAUGCCAUACAGCUGUUCGAGGGGCUGAAGGCUUACCGUGGUGAAGAUGGGAAGGUCCGUUUGUUCCGCCCGAAACUCAACAUGGAGAGAAUGCACCGGUCAUCUCUGAGAAUGACCCUGCCUGACUUUGAUAAGGAGGAGCUGCUACAAUGUAUCUUGAAGCUGGUGGAAGUGGAUAAGGAGUGGGUUCCCUAUUCGAGCAGCGCCAGUCUCUACAUCCGCCCGACUUUCAUUGGAACUGAGCCAACUUUGGGAGUCCGGAAACCCUCCCGGGCUCUUCUCUACGUUAUUCUCAGCCCAGUCGGACCCUAUUUCUCAAGUGGAUCGUUCAAUCCAGUUUCGCUGUGGGCAGAGCCGAAAUAUGUGAGGGCAUGGAUGGGGGGCACUGGUGACUGCAAAGUAGGAGGGAAUUAUGGACCCACCAUCUUCGCCCAGUAUGAAGCGGUGGCAGUCGGGUGUCAGCAGGUGCUUUGGUUGUACGGAGAGGACGAGCAGAUCACAGAAGUGGGGACCAUGAACCUGUUUAUUUUCUGGACAAAUGAGAAUGGAGAGGAAGAACUAGUAACUCCUCCCCUCGAUGGCAUCAUUCUCCCCGGCGUCACACGGCACAGCAUUCUAGAUCUGGCACGGCAGUGGGAAGAAUUUAAGGUAUCUGAGCGCCAUUUAACCAUGAAGGAUCUGGUUAAGGCAUUAAAUGAAAACCGCGUCCGUGAAAUGUUCGGCGCUGGCACGGCGUGUGUUGUCUGCCCAGUGUCCAGAGUCUCCUACAGGAACAAGGAUUUACACAUCCCGACCAUGGAGAACGGCCCCAAGAUGGCGAAACGCUUCCUGCAAGAGCUCACCGACAUUCAGUACGGUCGGGCAGCCAGUGAUUGGAUGGUGGAAGUUCCCUCGCCUUAAAGGCAAAUCGAUCCUGUAGUUAAGAAGGAAAGAAGAAGCACAGUUAGUGUCAAAGUCCAGUAGAAUUCUAGUGACAAUCGCAAUGUCCUGUGACCCCCCGCAGAUUUAGAAAUAUAAUGGAUUUUUAUGUAAACGGUUCUGUGUAUAGAAGUAAUUCAAAGCUGUGACUCCUGCACCUGUUGCUGGACUACAACUCCCACAACCCCCUACGUGCCAAUGGAAGACAUUCCUACUGUGUCACAUGACCCCUCCCCCGAAAACGUAGCUCGGACUCCUUGCUUGUCUCUGAGGCAUUCACUCUUCCCAGCAACUGAACUUUGAUUGGUUCGCACAGUUGUAGAACAUACAUAGAGCAUGGCAGCCAAUCACAGUCCAGAAUGAACAUAAAAGUUGGGAAAUAUUAUAGAGUAUAGCACAAGGUGGUAGAAUAGACAUUUAGAUUCUAAAACCACCAAAUCUGUCAAAAACUCAUUGUCUUGUUUUUGUGUCUCUCUGGGACAGUGUUGUAACUAGAUGUUACUGGGCCCCACAGCAAAUUAAUUUUAAGGGCCCCCAAUAUAACCAAAGGUUGCCCUUUUUUUACAUAUAUAUGUUGAAAUUGCUAAAUUUUUUUUCAGGCCCCCCAAAUCUCUAGAGAUUGAUUUAUUUUACCAAUAUUUAUUAAAAUUGUAUUUGAAUUAGGGCCUCAUGGGGCCCCUAUACCUCAUGGGCCCCCCAUCUCUGCUUCCUCUGUAGUUACGCCCCUGCCCUGGGAAAAGCAACUGCUAUUUUGUUUGACGGAACUAGCAAUGUUCUACAUUCACCACUGGGUGGAGGGUUAGGGUAAGGGUUAGGGUUAGGGUUAGGGUUAGGGUUAGGUUUAUAUUGAUCUCUUACACGCUGAAUCCUCAUUUUUUCAUGGGAGAAUGUUAAAGGGUAUAUUAAUGCAAAAAUAAAAAAGGCAAUCAUACCUUAAAUAUCAUUUAUGCAUAAAUAUAAAGUGAAUGUAUAUUGGGAAGUGGAUUUUUGGGUUUAUAUCCCAAUUAACAUUCAUGCACAGUGGGAAGUGAAUUCUAAUCAUUGUACCAAAGUGACACUUGCUGCUCUGUUGUGUGUCGUUAUUCUCUGCUUAAUUGUGUUGUUGUGUUGACUCAUUAGGGGCCGCAUUGUCACUCAUAUUUCCCCCCACCCCAAUAGAAAAUACCCGAAUACCAAAGUGAUGGGGAAGCUUCAGGCUGGGUUAGGAACUACAGGUUCUGAGUAACCUCAAACUCACAGGCGCCACCUGCUGUCUCCCCAGGGUAUUACAAUGUGCCCAGUAUCCAAGCAAUAAUCACAGGCAGAAGCACAAAGGACUCAGUUCUGGGUGCCAAACAGUCAGGGUAUCAUAUUGGGGCAGUAUUUAACAAGCCUCGACAAAGGGGAAUAAUACAGUUUAUUUAUCAACAGGGCAAAGUGCAAAUAAUAGACCCGGCACUCAAUUUAUGGGGGGGGGCAGUUUGUGCCCCACACCGCCCCAAUGCUUGUGCCAGUCUAUUGGCGAAUAAGCACCAGUUUUAUCAAAAUUAUUCCUUUUUUUGUUUCUUUCCCAAUUUUUUGUUGCCAAAAUAUGUUUGCUGUUGUUUCACUAUAACUCCCAGUCGACUGGCAAGGGAUGCUGAGGGUUAUAGUUCAAUAUAAACCUUGGAGACUGAAGAAUGGAUUAUAAAUAAGUGUGACCCACCAGUCAGUAUCGUGCUGAUCCGAUCCAUGUCUGGGAUGACAAAGGGACAGCACUGACCUGCAGCUUUACCCCUUCUCUUACCUCUGUGAUGGUUGGGCCAUUUCUCGCACAAGGGGAGGGGCUAAUGAUUGCUGUUCAACCAAUCACAGACUGAACUGAUUUGCAGGGAGUUGCUCUGUACAAUCAACAUGUGAUAUUUGCACUUGUUUCAUUUUCAUUUGUGACUCUCUGUAUUUUCUCUUUAACUGUAAAUUCCAAUAAAUCUGCUCUUAUUUCAGCCAA